AUGAAACCUCUCAACACCAUGUUCUUAGUAUUUUUUCUUCUCUUGGUUUCUUUAGCUAAUGCCAAAGUUCAAGAGCACGAGUUCUUGGUUCAAGAAACUCCAGUGAAGAGGCUGUGCAACACUCAUAUGAGUAUAACUGUGAAUGGACAGUUUCCUGGUCCAACAUUGGAAGUUAAUAAUGGAGAUACUUUGGUUGUUAAAGUUGUUAACAAAGCUCGUUAUAAUGUCACAAUUCACUGGCAUGGAGUUAGACAGAUCAGAACAGGGUGGGCUGAUGGGCCGGAAUUUGUGACACAAUGUCCUAUUCGUCCGGGGGAGAGUUACACUUAUAGAUUUACCAUUCAAGGACAAGAAGGUACACUUUGGUGGCAUGCUCAUAGUUCAUGGCUUAGAGCCACAGUUUAUGGAGCUCUAAUCAUUUAUCCAAAGGAAGGAGAUGAUUAUCCUUUCACUAAGCCAAAGCGCGAAACACCCAUUCUUCUAGGGGAAUGGUGGGAUGCAAACCCUAUUGAUGUUGUGAGACAAGCAACACAAACAGGAGCUGCUCCAAAUAUAUCUGAUGCAUACACUAUGAAUGGUCAACCUGGUGAUCUUUACAAGUGUUCUAGCCAAGGCACAACAAUUGUUCCAAUAGAUUCAGGAGAAACAAAUCUCAUAAGAGUAAUCAAUGCAGCAUUAAACCAACCACUUUUCUUCACAAUUGCAAACCACAAAUUAACAGUAGUAGGUGCUGAUGCUUCUUAUGUUAAACCGUUCACAACCAAUGUCCUUAUGUUAGGACCUGGCCAAACCACUGAUGUUCUCAUCAACAGCGACCAACCACCAUCACAAUACUACAUCGCGGCUCGCGCUUACCAAUCCGCUCAAAACGCUCCAUUCGAUAACACAACGACAACCGCGAUUCUCGAAUACAAAUCAUCACCAUGUCCUGCAAAGGGAGGUGUAAAUAUCAAACCUAUUAUGCCCUCAUUACCUAACUAUAAUGACACAAACACUGUUACAUCCUUUAGUAAAAGUUUUAGAAGUUUGAGGAAAGUUGAAGUUCCUUAUGAAGUUGACGAAGAUCUUUUCUUCACUAUUGGAUUAGGACUCAACAAAUGUCCAUCGAAUUUCAAUUCGAAUCAAUGUCAAGGACCAAACGGGACACGGUUCACUUCUAGUAUGAACAAUGUGUCUUUUGUACUUCCAAACAAGUUUUCAAUCCUGCAGGCUCAUAAACUUGGAGUACAAGGUAUCUUUACGACCGAUUUUCCCGCAAAACCGCCUGUGAAAUUCGAUUACACCGGUAACGUGAGUCGGUCGUUGUGGCAACCGAUUCAAGGGACUAAAGUCACUAAGUUGAGAUUUGGAUCAAGGAUUCAGAUUGUUUUGCAGGAUACCAGUAUUGUUACUCCUGAGAAUCACCCUAUUCAUCUUCAUGGUUAUGAUUUUUAUAUUGUUGCUGAAGGAUUUGGAAACUUUGACCCAAAGAAAGAUGCUUCAAAAUUUAACCUUGUUGAUCCACCUAUGAGGAACACUGUUGCUGUUCCUGUUAAUGGUUGGGCAGUUAUCAGAUUUGUUGCUGAUAAUCCAGGUGUUUGGAUUAUGCAUUGUCACUUGGAUGUUCAUAUUGGAUGGGGUUUGGCAACUGUGUUCUUGGUAGAGGAUGGAGAAGGACUAUUGGAAUCCAUUGAAGCUCCUCCAGAGGAUCUUCCUCUAUGUUAG